CCACAGGUUACACCCAAUUUCCGUCCUUUUUUAGUGCAGAUUCCUAAGUUUCAUAUUUUCCAUACUGUUAUAUUUUUAAGGCUUUUUUUCUCUCGGUCUGCUUAUUGGCCCUAAUCUGAAUGACACUCCUCUGCAUGAGUUAACUUUUUACAGCGGCUCUAACUUCAGUGCAAAGGGUUCUUUCUCUUUUUUUGUUAGUUUGCUUUUAAUAUUUAACAGUGAGAAGCUGGUGGCUGGGAGGAAGGACUAAAGAAAGAGAAAAACAGAGCGAGAGAGGCAAGGAAAAGAGAGGUGGAAAUUAAAUCUCUCCAUCCGUGGACUAAGAGCAGCAUUUUUAUUUUCAAGAUAUAAUGCAUUUCAUAAGACUCCUUUUAAACACAAAAGCUGGCAUUGAAAAUUCACAUUUAGAAAUGUGAUGGCUAUAGGUGUAAGAAUAAAAAUUGGAAUAGUUUUAAAAAAGAAGCAUUGAUAAGUUGCAAGAAUCCCAUGGCGACAAUGGGCAAUUUUUUUUUUAAAGAACUGCAGCGUAACAAAAAUAUACCUAACAUGUGCAUAGGCAUGAGGCCAUAGAACGUUCGGUACUUUUAAAAGAUAACAAGAAGCCAAUGUUCUAUUUUUUUCUGCUAUGGGCAGCGGCAGUAGUAAGAACAGGAAACGACUGAUCCAGGCCAGUAUUGGGCAGCCCGUGAAGCCCCCAAAACUUCCAGGGGAACAAACAAAUGAAGGAAGAACUACAACUACCUGCACUUUGGGAACAGAUAGUGAAGUCGAAAAUACUGGAGAAGCCUCUACCAAGGACAAUCUGAAUGGAAGAAGCAAGCUCAAGUCAAUUUAUAGAGAUCCGGAUUUACGGCUACUAGAUGAGAUAUUGGCAGAGUCUGAAGAUUGCUUAUCUUGGCAAGAUUCCACAUACAAAGUGAAUGCAUUGAAACCCUGGUCUCCCAGUGCCAAUUCCAAUUUGGAAUCAUGCUUGCAUUCUCAGAGAGAUGUGAUAUGUGAACCCGAAAUGUUGAACAUAGUAGAUAAACUGUCAGAGCUCCAGACAUCAUCUCUUGAGUUUGAUAAAUUUCAAAAUCAACAUUGUGCCUUAAAAGAGAACUGCAACAUAACCGUAAGUUAAAGGUGGAGUGAGUACACAUUAUAUAUACAUUUGAUAUCCUUGCUAUUAUUAUUUCAUUAUUAUUUUAUUAUUUAUAUAGCGCCAGCAAGUUCCGUUACGCUGUACGAUGGAUAUGUUAUAGAUUUAGUGACUAUUACCCAGUGUAUUGAUAAAUGGUAUCAUUACCUGAAGGGUGAUGGUUGUUCUCCAACUAUUUAUUUAUCCAGUUAGAAAUUAAACCUGCAGUUUUAAAGUUUGAACAUGUACUAAGCUUGGUAAAUUGCACAUUUGUUUAAAUUGGUUAAAUAGUCUGUGGUUUAUUAUGUCUCCAGAAUGGAAUUAUUUUCUGCAAUACUGGCUUGACAUUAUGUAUCCUAUAUAUCUAUGUCUGUCUGUCUAAAAUGAUGUGUGGUUUUGUGAUGUAGUCAUAAACUAUUAUAGGAAAAAUACACCUGUAAGAUGUUGACUAAAAAAGAUCGGAUUCUUGCAAUAUGUAAUACCAAACAACAUGCUUUUAAAUUGAAUUAUACUGAAUAAUCUGAUUACUCCAUUUUUAGAAGUUAGCAUAUGUUUCCCUUAACCCCUUAAGGAUACAUGACAUGUGUGACAUGUCAUGAUUCCCUUUUAUUCCAGAAGUUUGGUCUUUAAGGGGUUAAAGGGUUACCCCAAGCCUCAUGACCACUUCAGUGAAUUGAUGUGGUUAUGGUGCUUGGAGUCUGUAUGCUCAGUGCACUAUUUUAGUCUGAAAUUCUGCACAUACAGAGUUAUACAGGUGUAACUCAACCUCCUUCAGUGUCAUGAGCCAGUCCAAACAAGAGUUCUGGGCUGGCUAUGUUACUUCUGUGUAUAUUAGGCGUCAUCAGUGUGCAUAGUAUGCAGGGUAUGAUCAAUGAUGGUAUGGCUCCCCCUCAUGCCUCUCAAGUCCUUCUCUCAUGUGGUCCUCCUGAAUGACUCCCUCCACCCUACACUAAGAAGGAGUGACGUCACAAGAGGAAGAUCAGGCUUCAGGGAGAACGUCACCUCCCCUGAGCGGGAAAGAAAGGUGAGUUCUUUAAAUCCCUUCCUAGGGACAUAACCACUGGCAGAACUUUGAUUUUUUUGUAACAAGGCCUUCAUCAUCUAUGGCUCCUGUAUGUCAUUUAUUUCGUAUCCCAUGUGCUCCCUUCUAGGAAUGGUUAUUGUAUAAACCCUGUUAAGUGAACAGUUUAAGCAUCAAAAUCACUUUAUUUUAAUAAAGAGAUUUUGAGAAAUGAUGCCCAUGUAGUCUCGCAGUUGAAAAUAUUCCCAUGCCUCAUUCGGACAGCCAUUAGAGGCUUUAGACCAAAUUAGAUUUAAAAUUGAAUCUAUGUUAUGUCUAGCUUUGGCAUGUAAAGUAUGCUAGCUGUGAUUUUAUAUUUAUAUCUCUCUGUUAAAGUGUUCUUUAGAACCUUACAGACCUUGUCACAUAUAGUUUUGUUCAUUAGAAUAAACUAAGUACUGCAUUUCCGGUUUAAUUAUUUAAUUUAAUAUUAUAAAGAAUAUUAUUAAGUAAGCUACUUCUCCCGUCAGCUUCUAUUAAUUUACACAAAUAAAUUUACUCUUUAUUUAGGUAAUAAAACUACUGGUGAUGUUUUUUGUCACAUAUGACCAUGGUUCCUGAAUAGUUCUCUCAUUGAAAACUAAGAGGGAGCUUUAUCUAUCCUGUAAUCUUCUUUCUACAUCUAUGUUUUUAUCAUCCGGAAAUGCAAGUUAGGUAUUGUGUCUUCUGAGAGCUCAUGCACAUAUAAACAAAAACGAAAAUACACUGCCCUAAGCUAAGGAUAAAUUCUAAAACAUAACUUUUAAUAGUAAUAAAUAAAAAGUAAAAAUACAUAACGAUGAGUACACACAUGAACUGAAACAAGUGAACAAAAAAAUGUAAGGGAACCAUAGGCGUGCUUUGAUCUCCCUCCCUCAGUUUUGUAAAUUUUGACAUGUGGACUCUAUGCGUGCUGACGCCGAGUAUCAUUCUAGCACUGAUAAUAACAUGGAGCGCUCUCGUUUGCACUCCUUUGCUCCCAGACCUGCAUAAAUUUUUUACACAUAACCAAUCUGUAUUGCUCUAACAGGGCAGGUGGUGUAUUUUCUGUCAUAAUUCUUAAUGCAGGCAAAUUGAAAUCAACCUGGGCAUAUAUAAGGCCAUACUUAGUUUGCUUUGCACUGUCAUGGUCUCAGUUACCCGAGAGUACGUUUUGUCUUGUGGUGUGCAAUUGUGGUUUUGCCUUAAUAGUCGACUACUCUGAUCUCUGGAAUCUUUGACUUUGGCUCUGCUUGCUCCUUCUCCUAAUGUUCUCCAAUCCUUGAUCUUGGCCUGUUCCCGUAUAGUCUUGUCUGCUUGCAAAGUGUGUUCUGUACGUUAAGUCUGGCCACUCUAAGGGCUGUUAAUAGGUUUUUCUCAUAGUACAGGAUACAUGUUGUCCGCUGGCUUGCGUGUUGGGGUGUUGAUUCUUGACAGGUAUGUGAACCUUUGUCUCAAAUAUGAAUUCAGUGAUUUAAUUAUGUUCAUGUAUAAAUUUGAAUUUUCCAAGAAUCUAAACAAAUUUUAUCAAGACUCUUCCUGGCUUUUGUGUCCAUGUCUAAUAACCGUGAGGACCUGGGCAGCUGUCUUAUUGUUAAUCUUCCUUUGCUCUCCUGGAAAAUUGUCUCCACUGUCUCCACGUACCCCGGGUUGUAAGGACACUCUACAGUGCCAAAUACCCGCUUUGUGUACUCCUGUUACAUGCUUAGUUUCCUUUCUUUUGUAAAGUAAAUGUUUAGUAAAGGAAAUUAAAUGCCCAAACAGGUUUAUGUAGUAACGGCUGUUACAAAUAGUAGUACAGGGUGGGCCAAGCCUUCGAUUUCCCCUUUACACAAACACUGGAAAGAUUGUUCAAUGGGUUCGCUAACAUACAAGAAGCCUAGCGUCCCACCAGCACUUGCCAACAGAAAUUCAGAUGUCAGCAUUAUCUUUGUAUCACUGGCAUUUAUACCAGCGAAGAUUAAUAAACAUUAUCUUUUUAGAGCCCUUUGAGAAAAAGUAAUGAUUUCUCUAAACCACUUUAAAUGCAAAAUAGAAAAAAAUCUGUUUCUCUAUUCUGAAUUAGAUAGGACUAAUAUUCACUGUGUUUGCCUUUAUAUCUGCUUAGUUACAGCAUCACCUUGUGGUUAAAUAGCAAGAAAUUCUAAUAAAUGUAUCGAGUGUGUCUGGCUGUGUUUGGUGAGUACCGUGCCACCUUCUUCAGUGACUUACCCAAGUGACACCCUCUUAACAAUGAAAGCCAUUCCCACCGAGUGAGCCACUCACUGCCCCCACAGAUGGGGUCAUGGAUAAUUCAUUGAGGCAUGGGUGUAGGGACCUGGAGGGUAUGGCGCAAAUCCUCCCUCCCCAUAAAAUAUGGAUAGCUUUUAAUAUCAUACGUUUCACUGUUUAAGAAAGAUAUUAAGAAUUUAUGAAAGGUUGUCCAUCCAUGCUCUUGUGGUAUCAUGUGAGUUACAGUACAUCUUGCUCUUAAAGGGACACUGUAAGCACUGUAACUGCUUCAUCUCACUGAAGUGAUUAUAGUGUCUGGAAGCCCUGGCGUCAUCCUUACAUUCACUGUUAAAUAGUUUUUAGAGGGUCCUAACAGCCCAACCCUCUGUGCUUGCUUGGGUAAAUGAGGAAGCAUUCGCCAGAGUCGCAAAGGGCAGCUGUGAUUGGCUGAAAGUGUCAGCUGGCCACUUUCAGCCUAUCACAGCUCACAUUACUGAUACGAAUUGUUAUUUUUAGAAGGAAUUGUGCAAUCUUUGCCUUAGCCACACCUCCAGUAGAGGCGGUGCUGUGGGUGGCCAGGGACCCUAAACCAGUGUCUCAAAUGUUUCAACACCAGGGGACUCCAGGCACUAUAACUACUUCAAUGAGAUAAAAUGGUUUUAGUGCCUACAGUGUCUCUUUUAAAGUGUAGGGCGUCUUGUACAAACACACACUGUUCCUCCUUUAGUCCUCUGAGGACCAUAAAAUAUUUGUUUUGAAUGGGUUAAACUCCCCGUUCAUUUUUCUAUUGACGAUUUAUACCAUAUUCUGAGAUAUUUGUUUUUUCACUGGCUAUGUGGGAGUAUUACAUUUGAUGACACAAAAGAACCACCUGGCAAGUCUGUCUUUUACAUUUUAAGACCCUGUUUAAUUUGUGACCUCUUUUCAUUCAUUGUUUGGCCUGACCUCAAAAACCAUUGCUUUGCUUUGCUUCCUGUAGCCCUUGUAACACUUCAUUUCUCGUUCAUUGAUUGUGACAGUCCGCUCAUUUUCUGCUCUCUGCUGUUAACCUCCUGCUGAGCUGUACAUAUACCUCUGAAAAGCAAACUUACUUUAAUGGAACUAAAUAUUUCUUUUAUUCUUGCACUUGUUGGAGAGAAGGCUCCUGUAGAGUUUAUGCACUAUAAAGUCUUCCAAAACCCUGUUUAAAAAUGUCUCUUUGCCUAGAAUAUAGAUUUACUUUAUCCAUAGCAACAGUGACAUCAACAAAAGUAACUUGGGACUCUUACUGCAUGUCUCAUUUCCUCUUUGAAUGUGCUGUAGUUUCAUUUAUGUUUGCCUGAUCUCUUACGUAUCUCCCCUGACACACAUACACUCAUAGACACAAAAAUAUGCGCACACAGAUACGCCCUGCCACACUGACAAAUAAGUACACACAGACACAAACACACAGAAACACAGAUAUCCAAAUUUCUGCAAACACACAGAUAAACACAGCCUCACGCAGAGAAGCACAAUGCCACACAGCACACUGCUUAUCCACAAAACAACAACUAUAUCGCAACAUUAUGUAGCACUCUUCAACAUUAAGGAAUAUAAACAAGCUGAUUUACAGUCAACAUUGUACUAAGAGGCUUUUUCUCCAAACAAGAUUGUUUGUUAAGCUCAAUAAUGACCAGUAUAGUAAUCACAGCACUUUAGCGAAGUGCAAAGUUAGACAGGACGGUGAUUGUGUGUGUCAUUGUCUCAAACUUCGUCACUGACAUCCUCAUGGUCGCUGCCCCCUCCUGUUCCCACAAUGACAAACAUCAGACUAUAUAAUGCUGCAGUCAGCCCGGCUGAUACAAUUUUGAUUGUUAUUAAGUAGUAGUAGUGAUCGCAGACUGUAAAUGCUGUACAAAUAACUUAAAGUGGUCAUGAACCAAAAGAAAUGGGACUGUCCUGACAAAAACAGGCACAUUGGCAACUAUGUAUUGGUUCAAUGUGCUCCAACAAUUCUAAAAUAAAAAAAUAGAAAUGAAAAAUGCUUUAGAGAUUAGCAGUACACACAAAUAUAAUUUUUGAGACAUACAGCUGAUGGGGAUUCCCUUGAAGUCCCAUCCUUCGUUGUUGGCCAGGCUUAGUUCAAUGUAGGGGCUUCCAGGGGGGCACAGGGGUAGGUGGACACAGCACUCCAGGUAAGUUGUAAAACCAUUUGUGCAUAUUUUGACUACUUACCCUGGGAGGGCGCUAGGGCACACCUGGCACCAUAACCACUACAGCGAGCUGCAGAGUUUACGGUGCUUGUCAUGUUUCUUUAAAGAAAGUAUAUGUUAUCCUCUAUAUUAUUCCUAUUCAAAUGACUCAUUUAAUUCUUCAGAAUAUAUCAAAGUUUUUACUUUUAAAGUUAACAUUAAAUGCCUUACAAAUAUAAUACCUUAAUUAUCCCAUUUACCUCUAAACCUACACUGGUAUACCGUAGUUCUUAUCAGUCAGAUUGGUGUCAUUUUUAGUAUAUUGAUAUUAUAUUUCACUAUACAACUACAUCUGGAGGAGUGAGGUUGUUUCCUUUUACUCAAAGUCCCUUGGAUGCCAUCUUUUCCUGUGGUCUAAUCAGAGGGAGAAAGGAUUUAGCACUCGACCUCUUUGGUAAAAUCUAGCAUACAUUACCACUUGGACUUAUAACAGUGCGUCAAUGCCAAAGCCGCCAUUUUGGAGUUGCAUCUCUUCAGCAACGCUCUCUGCAUGGUCUUGUCCUGGGAGCGAGGCUGUCUGUCUGUCAGCCUGGCAUGUUUGAUGCAAUGCUUUUCUGGGCAGGCCGGCCCAUUAUGAGCAUUACCAGUGACACAAGUUGUCCCCACCUGCGUCCCAAUCCCAUACUUCUCAGUAUUGAAAGUUAUGGAAAUAUCGUAAAAUUACAAUUAUAAUACGACAGUUUUGCAGAAUAUGUUGAUCUUUUAUAAAUGCCAAUAAUAAUCUAUAUCUGUUAUGCAUUUUUUUGCUUGAUCAGUCCUCUGAAAUGCAUUGUAGAGUCUGAAGAUAUUGUUUAUCCUAUCAUAAGUUUAUUCAAUCUUUCUGUUUUAUUUCUUUUUUUUAAGGUUAACAUGCCAAAAAGCAGUGUGGACAUUAAAAACAACAAUUUACCCAAUCAGUAAGUAACAACUUGUGUUGAAAUUAGCCUUUUCUUGGUUAGCUAUUGGUACAUCACAUAUAUCCUUUUCUAAUACCUUCUAUGCAUCUUGAACAUUCCAUCACUAAACUCCUAAAGGGGCAUUCUCCUGGUUCUAUUCUCUGGGUAAGAGUGAUAUCAUUUCUGACAGCACCAUGUGAUUCCUCCUACAAGAGAACACAGUGCCGCUAACUUAUAAUGCUUACACUGCCCCUCUAACCCUCUCUAUUCCCCAGUUUUUUACUUUUUUUCUCCUUAUUGCUUUAUAAACUUAUACCAGAUCAUUCUUUUUGAUCCACCGAUUAGGACCUUUAAACCCUUGUGUGCUUUUUCGUUCACCCUCUAAUUUUGCCCAUUCUUAAUUGUAACCCGCUUUCUAACUCUAGCCUUUCUUCAUGUUGUUCCUUCACUUUUGUUCCUCUAAUUGCAAAUAUAUGCUUUGUUCCCUCCAUUUUGUUACUUCUUUUUUAGUCUGUAGUUCCCCCUUUCUAACAUUAUUGUUUUUGUUUUGUGACUAUCCCCUUUGAUCAUUUCCCCUGCCUAUACACUAAUCUUUUGAUUUAUAUAAAGCCUAUGUACAGAACAUGAGAGCUCAAGGGAUAAAGUUGAGAAUCGAUGUGAAGUCGAGUAACUAUUAUAUUAUUUUUUUUCAGGACUUUCCUGCUUCGGAUCUUGGGAAAAUGUUGCCCUUCCUAAAAAUAUUUAGCAUUUAAGGGGUUAGAAUACGAAUUUUUCCAUGUAAUAGAUUUGACAAAAUUAGGGUAAUUCUAUAUUUUUCAAUAAUUUUGAGUGUUGCAGAAUCGUGUGGCCUCGUGGUUUGUUGCAAUAGAGCGUGUAGAAUUAGCUGAUCUCCCAUUUGGUAUAGUAAACCCUUAUCGAAGAACCAAGUGAGGAGGAACAGUUAACAGGCCAAAGUAACUGGAACACCCUGCACAUGGGAUGAGUAAAAAUGGGUGGUAGGCAUGCAUUGACUCUGCUUUGCUCAUAAAGGAACACUCCAAUUUCAGAUGGCUCAUUUGAACCAAGACCAGAUUAGCACAAUACAUAGUGAUAUGAAGGAAAGUCUCACAUCCUUGAACAAUGACCUUCCAUUAGGACUUACCAUCCAGUUUUGACCUUUGUAUUCUGUUGGUUUACAGAUAUCAGGGUUUGUGCUCCAACCUCGUGGAAAGUUCAACUUCUAUAACGUAUAAUGAUUUGGAGGAGGCACUGAUAGACAGCAUUGAAGAAGAAUAUGCCCAAAAAGAUGUCUUGCUUCCAGCUCAUGAAGGAUGAUCUGCUGUUUCCCACUGGAAUGAGAAUAAUUAAAGGCGAAGAACUUAAAGAACAAAGCACUUUAUCAAACUCAACCAGGGUUUUUUUCUCUAAACUGAGAAUUGUGUAGAAUUGACAAGUGAAUUGCAAAAUGCACAAAGAAAAUAUCCCACAUUAGCUAUACUCAGCGAACUGCGUCUUGAUGUUUUUUUGUUGUUGUUGUAGAAGUUCUGAAUGUGUUGCUAUACGCGAGAUUUAGUAUGAAUGAAAUUCUGAAUAUUUCAGUUUAACAUAAAUUGUGAAAUUCUGAGACAUUUUAUGUUUCCUCGAGAUAAAAUGGAAAUAUAUAUGCUCUUUGUAAGUGAGUCUUCUGCACUAUAAAAAAUCUUCUAAUAGUUUAUGACAUGGUGAACCAGUAAGGUCCCAACACAGAGGAGUUCUUAGAGGAGCCUCCAGUGCAUGAAGUGUUGGUAAUAAUUAAUCUUCCCAGUCAGACUGAUUGACAGGUAGAAUCCAUGUACUACUGGAGCAUUCAGACACAAUCAUCAUGUACGUGUGGUAAGGUAUCAGGAAUGAGGCUGAGCAAUAGAUUCUGAGACAUGCAGGUCAGUAGUCUGUAACUGAAUGCAAAGAGAUAACAGAUGCUUAGUCAGUAGUCAGUCCCAGCAGGGAAGUGCACAGACAAGUAGUAUCACCAGAGACAAGACAACUCAGUAACCGAAGACAGACAUUUUACAGAAACAGAACAUGAACCAACUGGUCAACUGAUGCUCAAGAACCAGUCUGCAAAUUCCGAGGGGAACAUCCUGUAAUUUAUAUGGACGCCAUGUGAGAUCACACAUCCCUAUUUAUAUCACAGUGUUUUCUUUUUUUUUUAUCUAUGUAAAGUUAUAUCCCUUUAAAUUAUUUCUAACGUUAAUGUAUCAAGCAUACAUUGGGCAACUGCCUCUCAAAGCUGCCACCAGUUAACCUUUCCAUUACACAGGUACCAUGCAGCCAGCAGUGCAUCACUGGCUCCCAAAGUGUGAAUGAAAGAGGCUGCACCUGUUGCAUAGGUUAUUUGAUUUCAAAUAUGUCCUAAAUAUGCACGUAGAAUAUAUUUUUGCAUUGCAGUUUUACAUUUUGUGUAGAAGCUAACUUCUUUUAGACUGUAAGCUUGCUUGUGCAGGACAUUUGUCAACCGUUUGUCAGAGUAUGUUUUUUUAAACAAAAUGGCACUGUGCAAUAUGUUAGUGUUUUAUACCGAAUAAUAAAGCUUUGCGUUAUACCAUGA